AUGGGUGAAGUCCUCCUCGCACUCGGAGGGGGCAUCAUUUGCCUGGUGCUUUACUUGCUCAAGCUCAACUGGGUGCUUUCGCACACGCCUCAAGAGGUGGUUGACAGGGCAGGAGAGCCACUAACGCGAGAGUAUAUCAAAGAUGUGUUUGAGCGCGUGAAGAAGGAAGGGAUUGAUUGGGAGGGGAAGCUGCCGCCUCGGAAGGACAGACGAUACAUCGUAGUGGGAGGAUCCGGAUUUCUUGGAGGCCAGAUCAUUCUGCAUCUUUUGGCCAUGGGGACGCCGCCUGAGGCCAUCCGUAUCUUGGAUGCGCGCCGGCCGUUUACCUUUAGCAAAGAGUUUUCCCAGGGAGCGCCGUCAAAGGUAGCAUACAUUCAGACUGACAUUACCAACGAGGCCGCAACAACCAAGUCAUACAGUGCCUCUUGGCCUGAAGCAGUGGCUGGCCUGCCGCUGACCGUCUUCCAUACGGCCGCUGUGAUUCGGCCAUUUGAUCGGUACAAGAUGCUCUACGAGCGCACGUCUCGGGUUAACGUCACCGGCACGGUGCAUUCUCUUCAGGCAGCAAAGAAGGCUGGUGCCAGCGUCUUUAUCUACACCUCUAGCUCGAACGCGGCCUUGAAGCAGGUCAAGUGGCUUUUCGCGCCCUGGGGAGCCACACAGCAGCCCAAGGGGUUCAUACAGAAUCUGAGCAACGAAGACUUUUUUGAGCCACUACAACAGCCGCAUGAAUUCCCAACCAACUACGCACAAAGCAAGGCUGAAGCCGAGAGGCUGGUUUGUGGUGCGGACGCAGCAGAUGCCGGCGCCGGAGUGCCAGCACUGCGCACGGGCGUAAUUCGUCCUGGCAACCCCGUCUAUGGACACAAGGACGACAAUGUCUCGGGCAGAAUGCUGCAAAUUGGAUGGUUCCCUUCAUGGGUGCCCGCCAAUGUACAAAACUGGAUCAACGUGAAGAAUGCAUCGCUUGCACAUUUGCAGUAUGAAGACGCGCUGCUUGGGGAGCACGGGGCAAAAGUUGCCGGCCGGCCGUUUAUUGUUACAGACAAGGGAAAACCCAUCCGCUUCCAGGACAUCUAUACGAUACUUAAUAGUGUUAGUGUGUCAGGCUUCAAGGUCAGCUACCCGCCACCGCUGCUGAUGCUGAUACUUUCGUACGUGGUGGAGUGGUAUGCCCUGCUGAUAAACGCGGUGCCGCUGCUUGCCAAGUUUUUGAGCGAGCCAGGCGAGGAUCUGAAGUGGCUUCAGCCAGGAGUCCAUGCGACGAGCCUGCACUACUUUAUCGAUGAUUCAGAAGCGAAGAAGAAGCCGGUGGAUGGCGGGAUUGGGUACACGCCGUGCUGCACCACUGUUGAGGGAGUGUGUAGCCAGGUCGUGGAUUGGAACGCGUGGGUUGAAGAGGAAGGGAAGAUGAAGAAGUAG